AUGUAUCUUCCACGGCAGCUCAUCUCGCACCUAUACCUACAACUCCUCCGAUCUCACCACCCGCUCUCCCCGCCAGUCCUGAUUCUCGUGGCACUCGAACCUGACGCGCUAUGUGCCUGUCGGAUCCUAACCGCGCUAUUAAAACGCGACUACAUCCCCCAUAAGAUCCAGCCCGUCGCCGGAUAUGGCGAUCUGGCGCGCGCAGGGGAGGAACUGGUCCGGCCCAUGCAGACCACCAAUGGCGGCAGCGGAGGUGUCGUGGUAUGCCUUGGGGUAGGCGGACUGGUCGAUCUUGGCGAGAUCUUGAAACUGAACAACCCAGAAGACGAGGUCGAGGACAUGGGUGGAAUUGAGAUCUGGGUCUUUGACGCGCGCCGGCCAUGGAAUCUCGCCAACGUCUUUGGUGGACAGGCUGGGAUAGGCCAGGCGAUGGCGGAGAUUGAUGUUAAUGCGCGCCGACGCGGGCGCGGGGUGGACAAAGGGUGUAUCACGCCCGCAUACACGUCCAAACAUGGCGGUAUUGUCGUGUUUGAUGACGGUGAUAUUGAAGAGGAACUCCGCAAUGAACGCGAAGCAUAUCACGCGCUAUUGGAAAUGCCCGAGGUGGAUGACGAUGAUGCCAGUGAUGGCGGCUCUACCGACGACGAUAACGACAUGGCCUCUGCCUCGAAGAAGCGCAAAUCGUGGUCAGGACGCGAGGAUGAAGUUGAGUCUGAAGACGAGGACGGGCCUCCCCGUCAGCGGAAGCGGAGUAAUUCGGGGUCGUCGUUAGUAUCCUCUCCGAGUCACCGCAGGAGGACCGCCAUCAACUCGUCCAACUCGUCCCGUUCACCAACCCCUACGUCAGAGUCACCGUCACCGGAGGAGGCAAAGCAGCCAUCAGCGCGAUCUUUAAAGCGCCGCCUUAUUCGACUAAAGCGCAAACACGAGACGGUCCUACAAAAAUAUUAUGCCGCAGGAACGUCAUACUCGGAGCCGAUUUCGUCGUUGGUCUAUUCUCUUGCGUCCGAACUCGGUCGUGAGGACAAUGAUCUCCUCUGGUUUGCAAUUAUUGGCGCAUCAAGCUUGGAGCUUAGUGGUCGAACGAUGACUGGUGUCGGCAUUUCAAACACAUCAGAAUCGGGUGGGUCUGCAGGCUGGGGUGGGCAGCGUGGAGAGCACAUCCGUCAGAUCCUCCGAGAUGAAGUCCACCGCUUGAACCCACCGGAUCCCCUCGAGCGGGACCGCGAUAUUAGAGGAGAGAUCAAUGGUGUCAUUCCAACCACUGCCAGGUCUCCUACGGAUACAUCUAUUCGUCUCUCGCCUGAACCUCGCUUCCUUCUGGUUCGACACUGGUCACUCUACGACAGUAUGCUGCACAGUCCCUACCUGGCAACGAGGCUUCACGUCUGGACAGAAAACGGUCGCAAACGCCUUCACAAGCUAUUAGCGAAGAUGGGUGUCAGUCUCACCCAGUGCCACCAAAACUAUACGCAUAUGGAUAUGGAGCUAAAGCGGGUAUUGCGCGGACGGCUUCUCAAGUACGCACCAAUGUAUGGCCUGGAUGGCUUGGUACCUCCGGAGCCAUCUGGCGGGCAUGCCAGUUCCCGUGAGGGAUGGGGCUUUGUGCGUUGCUGGGGCUGGAAGGCUUGCCUGUCUGCUACAGAUGUGGGUGUUAUUGUGGGCGCUAUGCUGGAAGUUGGGCCACAUGAAGCUUCUGGGGCGUGGGAUACCAAACGUCUUCCACGACCACGAAGCUCCAAUGAUGACGCGGAAGGCAGCGGUGCCCCAGGCGAAUCUGAUUUGGCUAGUCUUCUUCCUCGGUUCUGGAGUGCAUAUGAUGCCUUAUCGCUGACGUCCGAGUCACCUACCCUUCUCAUGGAGGCUCUUCCUUUGGCUCAGCAUCUUCACCGUGCCAUUCUGCGCACUGGUACAUCACUCCUAUCGAAACAUCAGAUCCGUCAUCUUCGGGCUUUCCGCAUUGCAGUCGUCAAAGACGGACCUGAUGUGAAACUUUUCACAAACCCCGGGGCCCUGACAAAAUUGGCCCUCUGGAUUGCCGAGGCAAUCAAAGUCCAAGAGCGCGAGAAGGGUGACUCUGUCAAGAUCGGACGGAAGAGAGCAGCUGGUACUCCUCUCGUCCUUGCCGGGCUUGACGAGGACCGAGAUCUUUACGUGGUCGUCGGCACUGGUGGUGGUGGCGGUGUGAUAGACAUCGCUGCCAUGUCCAAGCGUCAAGAAGAACGUCGACAGAAGAAAGACGCCAAGGAGAAGAAACAAAAGGAGAAAGAAGAGCGGCGGGCCCAGCGUGCGGCGGAGCGAGCCGAACAAUUCGAUUCUGGGGAUGAUGCCGAGGAUGAGGAGUCGGAGGAAUCCGAGUCUUCCUCCGAAUCAGAGUCUGAAGACGAAGAUCCUCGAGGAAAGAAACAUCUGCUGCGUAACCGGUUCGGUAUCGCCUUCCAGGAAGUGGUCCAGGAGACCAACGCCCGCGUCCGCAUUGACAGCUUCGACCACUGCGUCGUUGAGGUUCAAAAAGAUGACUUGGGUGGCUUCCUCGAGGCCCUGAGUUUCCGCAGCGUGGUGGGCUAA